CUUGGAUCUUGACCUGACCUGACCUGACCUCUGCAGCUGUACCGCUGGUAGCAAGCGUUGCGAUGUUUUCGGCCAAGCGGGGUCCUUUGACUCAGGACAUUGAUACGGUUGACUUAUACACUGGCAGGCCCCUUUUGCUCCACGGAUAUAUGUUACCAUUCAUCCUUUUAUAUUCUGCGUGGAUUGGAUACUGGUUCAAGGUAUUGGGACCUAGCGAAUACAUGGAAAUAGGUGCGAUCGUCCUUGCUGUUCUGGUUUUCAUCCAAAUACUCACUUGCCUUUUCUGCCACUGGUUUGUCGGGUUCAAAUGUCUGAUGACUUGUGACAAGGUGCGACUGCCGUCCCUUGCCCGGUUCGCGAAAGUCGUCCCCACAGCGAACAAUGGUUUAGUUACGCUAGUAACUAUACAUCAUGCAAAACAUCCCGAAACGGGUGCCGCUACCCAUUUCUUUCAUUUUCAACGGCUGAAAUAUACUUUUACUACUGAUGAUAUUGACAGUGUCGAAGGUGUCAACUUCCCAACCAACUGGAAAAUCCAGCGGUAUGUCGAUUGGCGCGGACACGAAACAGGCGACAAACUGGCUGUUGCAGAAUUUAUUUUUGGAUUGAAUGAACUUCAGCUAAGCGUUCCGUCCUUCGUGGAUCUGUUCAAGGAGAGAGCGACUGCCCCCUUCUUUGUCUUUCAAGUAUUCUGCGUUGCUCUCUGGUGCUUAGAUGAAUAUUGGCUCUAUCCGAUGCUCACGCUUUUUAUGCUUUGCCUUUUUGAAGCUGGUUUGGUUCAACAGCAGCUGAAAAACAUGACCGAAAUACGAUCGAUGGGCGCUCAACCAUACAACGUUCACGUUUACCGCCAGAAACGGUGGUCCCGCAUCAUGAGUGAUAAACUGGUCGCAGGUGAUAUCGUCUCUGUUGCGGAUGGCAACCAGAAGUUCCUCAUCCCGUGUGAUCUGCUCCUUAUCAGAGGAACAUGCAUAGUUGACGAAUCCAUGUUGACUGGUGAAUCCGUUCCCGUCAGUAAAGAGCCAUGCACGGCGCUUCGACCAGAUGAGCAGUUCACGUUUGACGAAGGUCACAAGGCACAAGUUUUGUUUGGGGGUACAAAAGUCGUCCAAUUCACUUCUCCGUCAAAAAGUUCAAACCAACUCAGAGCCCCAGACAACGGGUGUAUAUGUUUCGUCCUCCGCACCGGUCUGAGCACAUCGCAAGGCCGUCUGUUGAAGACCAUAAUGUACAGCGUGAAAGCUGUUACUGCGAACAACUUAGAGACCUUUUUAUUCAUCGCAUUUUUGCUGGUAUUCGCUAUCAUUGCUUCCGCUUACGUUUGGAUUGAAGGUUCGUCUGAUCCGCGGCGCAACCGUUACAAACUGUUCUUGGAGUGCACUCUGAUCUUGACAUCCGUAAUCCCUCAAGAAUUGCCCAUCGAGCUUUCCCUGGCCGUAAACUCCUCUCUGCUCGCUCUGUCCAAAUUAUUUGUUUAUUGCACGGAGCCUUUCCGUAUCCCAUUUGCUGGCAAGGUGGAUAUUUGUGCAUUCGACAAAACUGGAACCCUCACCGAGGACAGUGUUGUUGUCGAAGGAGUCACCGGGAUGAAUGAUCAACCUGCCAACAAGCUCAUCCCGGUGAAUCGAUGCCCUCUACCGACCGUUCAGGUUCUGGCCAGUUGUCAUUCGUUGAUGCACACACCUUCCGGUGUCCUCGGUGAUCCACUGGAGAAAGCCAUGCUAUCAUCUACGGGAUGGUUUUUGAAUAACGAUAACACCGUAUCCGGACGGACGAUCCCUCGGAGUCCACCGCUUAGAAUCUGCCAACGGUUCCGAUUCAGCAGCACUCUGAGACGAAUGUCGGUUAUCGUCAGCCAUCAGCUGCCGUCGGGUGCAGAGCAGACCUACCUAGCAUGUGUUAAAGGCUCUCCGGAGGCAAUCCUGCCCAUGCUGGUUGAUGCUCCCCUCGACUACAAUGAAGCCUACCUUACCAUGGCUAGACGUGGAGCUCGGGUGCUUGCACUGGCCCAAAAACCGCUUGGACAGCUCACCCAUCAGCAAAUUCGUGACUUGACGCGGGAGGAAGUUGAGUGUACACUGAAUUUUUGUGGUUUUGUAUUGAUAUCGUGUCCGCUCAAACCAGACUCGAAGGAUGUCCUGAAGCAACUGCGCGAAUCGAGCCACCAUGUCACCAUGAUUACUGGAGACAAUCCUCUCACUGCCUGCCACGUGAGCACCGUACUGGAGCUAGUUCGAACUGACACGCCCGUCUUGGUAUUGACUCCUCCAAACACACUUUCAAAUCAGUGGCAUUGGCAAUCGGUGGAUGAUUCAGUGGUUUUACCUGCUUUCCCAUCUGCGACACAAUCUAUUCACUCGGCCGUCAAGGUUCUAACCAAGACCUACGAUCUCUGCUUGACCGGAGAUGGGAUCGAGGCCCUAUCGUCUUCGUCCCCCGACCUGUUAGUUCACUUGAUCUCCAAGGCCAAAAUUCACGCCCGCGUGAUACCGAAGCAAAAAGAAAACAUACUAAUUCAACUGAAACAAUUGGGUUACGUGACCUUGAUGUGCGGCGACGGCACGAAUGAUGUCGGGGCCUUGAAACAUGCUCAUGUGGGUGUCGCACUCCUCAAUGGUGCCGAUCGCCAAUCGUUAGCCUUAUCAAGUGCUUCUCAACCGGCUUCCGUUAACAAUUCUUCUGCCACCGCGCGCAACCGUUUUAAUGAAUCUAACAACGCAUCCCACCGCGCUGACGGAAAACCGAUCAUGAACUCCCGUUUGACAUCCUCCACCAUUGCUGCUGCAGCGGAUCAAGAUGCCACUGUAGUCCGCUUGGGCGAUGCAAGUAUUGCGGCUCCAUUUACCAUCAAGAUGUCUUCUCCUUUGGGAGUCUGUCAAAUCAUCAAACAGGGGCGCUGCACGCUCGUCACAACUCUCCAAAUGUACAAAAUUCUCGCAAUCAAUGCUCUAGUAUCAGCGUACAGUUUUUCUGUUCUCUUCCUCAAAGGUUUCAAAACCUCAGACGCACAAGCCUCCAUUCAGGCCAUCUUGCUCUCCGCUUCAUUCCUUUUCAUUUCCAGAUCAAAGCCAUUGAAAGUCCUUUCACGUGAACGUCCCAUGCCAAAUAUUUUCAAUGUGUACACUCUCCUUACUGUCACACUACAGUUUCUUGUGCAUUUCUCCGUCCUGUACACCCUGACACAAGAAGCUGAGGUUCGCAUGCCUGUCAAGGAAGACGCCUAUAUUGAUGUUCAUGCCGAUUUCGAGCCUUCCAUACUCAACACCGUUGUUUAUUUAAUAUCAACGGGAAUGCAAGUCUCUACAAUCGCUGUGAAUUACAAAGGCUACCCCUUCAUGGAACCAUUGAUCCAAAACAGACCGAUUGUUAUAUCACUUGGUGUCGCCAUUGGUGGUGUGGUUUUGCUAGCCUUCGGUGCAUUUGCUGAACCACUACGGCUGAUUCCUCUCGAUCCCCAGGUGAGACCUCGUAGACACAAGAGUUUCUGGUUCUGAUCCACGGUCGUUUCGCCUUUCUAUGGGUCGCGUGGAGGAACAAGUUACCCACCGACCUCUUGACUACUAUAAGACAACUCCAUAUUAAGUUACUUUAUUAGAAACUGAACUCCUCAGCAUUCUGCUUAUCUUAACUUGCAAUCUAUCUCACAUUGUUACAGCUUCCGUGCUAUUGUUCCACCAAUUUUCUCUUUAUACCGCAUAUUCUUCGCGUCCGUUUGUCACCCGACUGCAGCUGCUUACUGGUCAUAAGACAUGAAUUUAUCAACCUAAACAUCUCUUUCAUCGAUUUUACUUCCUAUCGCUUUAUUGCACUUCUUGUUUCGCAGCUUCGUCUCGUGUUCUUCAAAGCAUUGAUAUUUGACUUCACGGUCUCGUGGCUUGUGGAUCGGAUUCUGGUUUUCACUUUCGGCCGCGUUCGUCAAAAGGCUUUGUGAUGGUUUUAUUCCAUUCAACAAUGGACCUGUGUCAUCUCGUGCUGUUCUUUGCUGUGGCCCUUCUUCCGACUGCAUUUUGCCACUUGUCACCGCGGUGUGCGCACCAUUUGUUCUUCCCGAUGUUUUUGUAUAACGCCACUCGUCUUUACUUCAUUCAUUCGACCAAGGCGUUCUCGGACUGAACAUGUACGAAUGAUAACCAGAAAUUACUAACCUUUCUGUUAUUUCAGUGUCAGAAGAAAUAUACCUUCAGCGGUUUGUCUUG